CUUUUAUGGCUGUACCCACCGGAAGUGUGCGGGCGUCCGCGUCACAGGAGAGGCUGUGGUUAGGUACUGGCAUCAUCGAUAUAUCGGUAGUGAAUCUCCCGUGGAGUGAGCCAGCAUGGCCUCUGCCCCAGCACAGCAGCCCACGCUCACUGUAGAGCAGGCGAGAGUUGUUCUUAGUGAGGUGAUCCAGGCUUUCUCCGUGCCUGAGAACGCAGCCCGCAUGGAGGAAGCCAGAGAAAGCGCCUGCAACGACAUGGGCAAGAUGCUGCAGCUUGUGCUUCCUGUGGCCACUCAGAUCCAACAGGAAGUCAUCAAAGCAUACGGCUUCAACAGUGAAGGAGAAGGUGUUCUCAAAUUCGCCCGGCUGGUGAAGGUGUAUGAAACUCAGGACCCAGAGAUCGCAGCCAUGUCAGUGAAACUCAAGAGUCUCCUACUGCCACCUCUCUCCACUCCUCCCAUUGGCAGUGGCAUCCCGACCUCAUAGAACAGCGCAAACUCCCAGUUCAUCAAGUUCAAAACCGUUUCAACUAUAAAAAUUGUCUAGUGCAAACACAUUCAGGUUUUCCCAUUUUAGUCAGUUUUAACACUUCUUUCAAGGGUGAUUUAAACUGAGAUGAAGUACAAAUUGCACCACAGAAGAAUAUUUGAAUAAAAAGAAAACAAGUUAUUGGUGAACUUAUACAUUUCCAUUUUCUGUCAGUGAAAUUAGUAUUCAAACCAUGGUCUUGGUCACAUAUUUAUUUUUUGUAUUCAUAUCCAUUUUGCCAUGUUGAAUGUGCAUAUUUAUAAAGCGUAACUAAUUUGUUGAUGCCUUUUGGAGGUCUUGUUGGUUUUUAAAGCUUUUUAUACAGUUCAUAUUGAUUGUCUCAUUUGGUCAUAUAAUCAUAAAUGAUAACCUGUGACAUUGUUCUUGUGAUCAUUACUGUUUGAAAAACUGAUUAGUGUCACAUAAACAGUGUUCACCAAUAAAGUAAUUUUUUACUUAAUGGAAAAAUGUUUGUUAUCAUGAAAUGACCGUGCUUUUAUUAAUGUCUUUCUCAGUAUUUUAGUUUUCUUUGUCUUAGUCAACAAAACAUGCAAACAGCAUUAAGGCCAGUGAGUCCACAUUCCAAGUUGGGACAGACUGCUUCAGUGGUGUGCUGUGAGCUGGAGUCGUUUACAGACUCAAAAUGAUUCAAAUUUAAGCCAAUGGUCUGCUGCUGAAACAAAUCAACCUGAUGAUAGAGAAUGUUUUAAAUGUGGACAGAAAGGGCAUCUUGCCCGUGUGUCACGAAUCCGGUCCGUAUUCUUCCGUCUGCUCGCCACCAGAGGUCGCCUUCUGAUUAUAUUGACUCUCACACUGCACAGACUUCCACAUGUCACCACGGACUACAUUUACCAUGCUCCAUUUCACUGAUUACGUUUACACCUGCAGCCAAUUACACCCACUAUAAGAAUCAGUCUCAACACAACCAUUCACUGCCGAGUAUUGUAUGCAUGUAUCACUGUUCUGCUGAUAGCAUUAUUACGGAGCCAGUUUCCUAGUUCAGUCAAGUCAUUGCCCUGUCUAGGCUAGCCGUGUUUUUGGAUUUCGUUUGUCUUGAAUUACCCCUCUUGUCUUGCCCUGUUC